AUGGUGAAUAAUGAUGCUAGGGAUAACACAACAAUCAAGUUGAUAAGCUUUAAUUGUAAAUCUUUUAAAAGAUCAGCAGACUUCGUAAAGUCUUUGAGUGAAAGGGCGGACAUAACUGCACUCCAGGAGACAUGGCUCCUGCCCCAUGAGAUUCCUGACUUGAAGAAACAAAAAAAGGAUUUUUGUUUCUUCGGGAAGUCUGCGGUUGAUACAAGCAAAGGAAUAUUGCGAGGACGGCCUUAUGGCGGUGUCGGCUUACUAUGGAGAAACAAUGUGUUUGACUCUGUAUCUGUGGUUCCGUGUAUGAGCGAGCGUAUUAUUGCUAUUAAAGUAUGUGUUUCUGAUAGGCAACCCAGAUAUAUGAAGUAA